UGGACCGUAACGUCUUCUAUUUCUAGAAGUAACCGUAGUCAAAAACCUCAAAUUCAUAAUGGAAGAACAGGAUAUGCCAACAUUCAAGUGUGUGCUGGUUGGAGAUGGUGGUACCGGCAAAACUACAUUUGUCAAACGACAUCUUACCGGAGAAUUUGAAAAGAAGUAUGUUGCCACCCUUUGAGUUGAAGUUCACCCCCUUGUAUUUCACACAAACAGAGGUGUGAUUAGGUUCAAUGUGUGGGACACAGCUGGCCAGGAAAAGUUCGGUGGACUUCGUGAUGGAUAUUACAUUCAGGGACAAUGCGCCAUCAUUAUGUUUGACGUAACGUCAAGAGUCACCUACAAGAACGUUCCCAACUGGCACAGAGAUUUAGUAAGGGUUUGCGAAAACAUUCCCAUUGUACUAUGCGGCAACAAAGUAGACAUCAAGGACAGGAAAGUCAAGGCCAAGAGCAUAGUCUUCCAUAGGAAGAAGAACCUUCAGUACUACGACAUCAGUGCGAAAAGCAACUACAACUUCGAGAAGCCGUUCCUGUGGUUGGCGAAGAAGCUGAUCGGUGAUCCCAACCUGGAGUUCGUCGCCAUGCCCGCCCUCCUCCCUCCCGAGGUCACAAUGGACCCCCAAUGGCAGUCGCAGAUCGAAAAGGAUCUCAAGGAAGCUCAGGCAACCGCCCUUCCCGAGGAUGAUGAAGAUCUGUAGAAUGUUUAACAUCAUUUUGGACACUAAUGUGAAACUUGAGUUACGUGAUUUAAAUGAAAAUCAACCGUG